GAAUCCAUUUUGUUCCAAUCGGAUUCACAAUCAGACAUUUCAAGCAGAGUGAAGAAUCAAUUCACAGUGAAUCAAUGGCGAAUCAAGGAGCUAAGAAACGCAAGGAAGAGAACGUUCGUCACAUGGCUAGGCUCCGCCAAGUCAUCAUCGCCUGCAAUGUUGUGUAUGUGUUGAUAAGGAUGUUGAUCUUCCACUCCUCCUUCACCUGGAAGCACUGGAUUGGCUUGGUAAUCACCUCUGCUGCUUACUUGAUUCCUUAUCAGCAGCUUGCUAAGAUGGCAAACCCUGCUUAUGCACAAGAUGGUGAACUCUUGGAUGGUGGCUUUGAUAUGACCACAGGUGGUGUUUGUGGCUAUUUACAUGAUGUGAUCUACAUAACAUGCUUUGUGCAAGUCAUGUCCAUCAUCUCUGGAAAGUUUUGGUACAUAUAUCUUGUGAUACCUGCUUUUGGUCUAUACCAAUCCUUUGGCUUCAUUAGAGGAUUUUUGCCACAAGGUUCAGAGGAAUCAGUCGAAGAUGAAAAGACUCGCAAGAAGAGAGAAAAGCUGGAGAAGAAGGCGUCCAGACCUAAGUUUGUCAAGUCAAGAACUAGAUAGUUCUUUUGAAGUGUACACUCAACAUAUUCCCCAACAUUCAAGACUGAUAGAGAUUGCCUUGAACUUUCAAGCUGUUGCAAAUACAUGUUCUACCUUAAGCCUUGUGGACAUUUCUGGAACGUAGGCUGAAUUGAAAUUUCAACUUACUGCUAAUACAAGUUGCUGUUAGUCUGUAUGGACGCUUCUUGAUUGUAUUCAAAAUGCUUCUUGUUAACGAUUUCAGCAUGAUAAGCAUAGAAGUCAUUGCCUAGUAGUAAGCUGGAAACGGGUCUGUGUAUGCAUGGUAACAAUAUUCUUCUCAUCUUGUGGAAUCAUAAUUGGAAAGAAUAUGCAAUAAAUUACGUCUUCAAAAUG